AUGAUAAGUUAAUCUGAACUUUAGAACGAAAUUAAGCAAUUCAUAAAGGAUUCCAAUUGGAAUGCAGUUGUCUAAGAAUAGAUUAGUCAAUUCGAAGCCUUCUUACCCACCAAUCCUUGGCUAUUCGUGUAUGAACAACCCUCAAAUUUAGCACAUUAUCUCUACUUCUUAACAACAAAUAAUCAAACGAAACAAUAAUUAUAAUCCAUGCUCUAUUAACUCUUGGUAGAAUAGUAUCAAUUAACCAAAGUCAAAAGAUCUUACUUGAUAACUAGUUUUACUUUACUCUUUAUUCCACACAAUUUAGCAUUAUUAUAAAAGUACAUAGUUGACAAUUAUGAUGAAAUGUUGACAAUAGACAAGGCUGUUCAGAUCAUCAUUUGGUCUUUGAGGUUGAGAGAGUUGCAUGAAUUAGCCGAAUAGAUGAAGAAGGUCAGUCCUAUUACUAUGAAUAUACUCUAAUAAUUUGAAACACAAUUAACAAUAUAGUUUUGA